AACUCAUAUAUUAUCUAUGGCUCACAAACCGCCAGUUUUGUUUGGGUGGUGUUUUGAUUUGGUUGUAUGUUUAUCCAACCUAGUUUGCAGUCUGCAAUAGUCAGUGGUACGAGGAGUGUGUGCCGUUGAUAACAACUGUGACUGUUGCUUCAAGAUUGUAUACGACUUACAAACCACCAGUUUUGUGUGUGAUGAUUUAGUAUCUAAAAUGCUUGUCAACACGUAAAGUUUGUUUUUUGUAAUCGUACAGAGUAAUUUAAAUGGAUCCUCCACAAUAUCUAGACAGCCAAGCAUUGUUGAAAGGAGAGUAUGAGACACAAUUUUUCGGAUUUUCCUCGAGAGUUUUAUUCGUGCACCUGAAGGACUGCAUAAAUGAUAUUUUUAGUAGUCAUGCAACAAGUUUACAAGAUUCCUUGAUAAAGAAACGGGGAUGUGAUGAAAAUGAAGCUAAAUCUGCAACAGACAUGUUGAUCCGUAAGUGUGAAUGUGCUCUUCAAGCACAUAGUGAUGAUUUGCAGAUAGCCUGUGAUUCGAAUUUUGGAAUUCCAAAUGGUGUUUUGCUACCUGAAGAUAAUGCACAGAAAGUUCAAUAUUCAAGUGAAGAAGCUGAAAAUCUUGAGAAAGAGUUAGAUUGUCUGAUGACUAGGUUAACCAGGGCAAAGGCCAUGAAAUGCCAUUUGGCCAGUGAAUUAGAGGAAUUUGAAAAAUUGAAACCCGUAAUAGAAAAGAUGCACAAUCUAAGACUGGAAGUAUUAAAGAAUUUGGUUAAACAAGUGACGCAACAUGAACAGCAAUUGAAGAGACUAUCGAAAGUGUCAAAAUCAAUCUGUUCAGUUACCAGCAAAACAACAAUGGAUAAAACAGACUUUCCUCAUAAAUUAGUGAAAGACAAAUUCCGUUGUUCCCCUCCUGAAUAGUCACGUACUAGUGUCUGAAAUUUGUUUCUGUACUGUGCUAAAUUUUUUUAUCAGUGGACUCUUUAAUUUGUUUUGUAUCCAUAUUUACUUUGCUCAGCUGUUCAUUUACCUCAUUCCUCACUAAAUCACGCUUCUUGAUUAUCUCAGACUGUGAGCCGCCUUUUAACUUUUGUAUAGUGGAUUUUAAUUUUAGUAUUUUUUGAUUUAUCUGAGCCUUAUCCUGAGUCUGAGUCUUAGAAAUAUGUUCUUCCGACUUAUUGGCUUAGUUGUAUUCAAUUUGAAAUUCAGGUCUGUAAUUAAGUUAUACUUUAGCAUUAGUUAUAUCCAGCUUGACAUUUACGUCAGUAAGAACAUUUUCAAACUCUAGCAUUUAAGUUACUGUUUAGUACAGGAGGAGCAGAUAUUUCCUCUCACAAAGUUGCUGCAAUUGCCAUCUCGUGUUGAAGAUGUGUGUCGUCCCUCGGCAUGGCUCACCACAUGAAAAUAAAAGUAAAAACCCCACACAACUCCUGUACCUUUACACUUGACACCAAAUUUUGUAACUCUUCAGUUGCGAUUAUCAUUUGUUGAUAAGGAGGUGUAGGGAUACUCAUCACUCCUUUGGAGUAGUAUACAGGGUGUCCUAAAAAAAAAAAACACUGGUAAGGUUUAGGGACAGGUCCCUGAUACAUAAGUAAGUAAAGAAGUCUAAUAAA